CACUUAAGAUACAGCCACAAGUGAUCUGAUCAUACGACUCUUCCACCAUGAUCACUACUAUGUUCACCUUCACUUUACCACUCCUCCUCCUCACCACCAUCGUCGCCGCCCAACCUUACAAAGCCACCGAUCUCUUCCUCCUCAACUGCGGUUCAUCCACCGCCACCAUUUUUGAUCACCGGAAAUGGGAUAGCGAUGAAGGUUCCAAAUUCGUAAUCUCCGGCACCUCCUUUUCAUCCAAACCUUCCUUCCAAGAUUCUUCAGUCCCACCAAUCCCCUACUCCACCGCCCGAAUCUUCAACACUUCUUCCUUCACGUACAAAUUUCCGGUCACCGAAGGCCCCAAAUUCCUUCGCCUCCAUUUCCACCCCGUCACAUACUCCCAUCUUCAAGCAGACCAAUCUUUCUUCUCAGUAUCAGCAAAUGGCUACACUCUCUUAACCAACUUUAGCGCUUUCCUAGCCGCCUCCUUUAUCGAAAACUUCCGCUCUGAUUCAAGAGACGUCGUCAGUGCCCAAGCUUCCUACUUUGUCAAAGAAUUCAUUGUCUAUGUAAAAGAUAUCCAAACCUUGAAGGUUAUCUUUACACCCAUGCCCAACUCAUAUGCCUUCAUCAACGGUAUUGAAAUCGUUUCAAUGCCGGAAAAUCUGUAUUUUAACGGUGAGAACUUGAACUACGUGGGUCUAACUACAGGGCCUAAGAUUGCUGACGGCAUGGCUCUCGAAACUAUGUACAGGCUAAACGUGGGUGGGGGAUAUAUAUCCGGUAACGAUGAUACCGGCACCGGCGGCAUGUAUCGAUCAUGGGAACCAGAUCCUGAUUACAUAUUCGGUGCAGCUUAUGGGCUAACACCAAGUGCAACGACUCCGAUCACGUACACCAUGGAGACACCUAAUUACACAGCACCUGAGCAAGUUUAUGCUACCCAAAGGAGUAUGRGCAACCUGUCGGAACACUACAAUCUGACUUGGAKACUUCCAGUUGAUUCUGGGUUCUAUUACAUGAUCAGACUCCAUUUUUGCAAUAUCAUACCACAAUACAAUAGAAGUGGUCAGAUGGUCUUUACGAUUUUCAUGAAUAAUCAAACUGCUGAGAAGRAGGCUGAUCCAUUGUACUGGACUCAAGGUAACGGAAAUCCGGUGUUCAAGGACUACGUUUUGUUUGUCAGUGAUCCAGAUAAUCGCGAAAGCAAGCAAGACCUGUGGCUGACGAUGCAUCCUAACUUUGGUGCCUCGACAGAAUACCUUGAUGCUUAUCUGAAUGGUUUAGAAGCCUUCAAGUUGAGUAAGGUUGGUAGUCUUGCUAGCCCCAAUCCAGAGCUUAGUUUUAGAACCCCACUGCCAACGCCGGCAUCGGAAGUGAUCAACCGGAAGAAGAUUCCAUAUUGCGACAUAAUUGGAGGUGUCGGGGGAGGGUUAGUCCUGUUAUCUGUUUUAGUUCUUAUAGUUUUAUGGAGGCAAAGGCGAGCCAAAGACCACGGUACCACCAACGAUGACAAGCCAUACUGGGGCCUAACUUCCAUUGAAUUGAGAUCUACAAGGAACGGCCUUUCAUCACUCUCAUCAGAUCGCUGCCGGCACUUUACCCUUAGAGAAGUGAGAGUUUCCACCGGUGAAUUCAAUGACAAUUGUGUCAUCGGCAGAGGAGGGUUCAGGAAGGUGUACAAAGGCUGCAUCGACAACGCUAAAACCACAGUCGCCAUCAAACGGCUCAACCCAUCAUCCAACCAGGGUUUUCAUGAAUUCCAAACGGAAAUCAAGAUGCUAUCAAAGCUACGGCACGCUCAUCUAGUCUCCCUGAUCGGGUUCUGUGACGAGGAUGGCGAGAUGGUACUCGUCUACGACUACAUGGCUCAUGGUACUCUACAAGAACAUCUCUACAAGACCAAAAACCCUCCUUUACCAUGGAAAACCCGUCUCCAUAUCUGCAUUGGCGCAGCCCAAGGGUUGCUUUAUCUCCACACGAGUGCCAAACGUGGGAUAAUUCACAGGGAUGUCAAGUCUACAAAUAUCUUGUUGGAUGAGAAUUGGGUGGCUAAGGUUGCUGAUUUCGGUUUGUCAAAGCUAGGGCCAAAAGGUGAAUCAGAUACACACGUUACCACGUUGGUGAAGGGCAGCGUCGGGUAUUUGGAUCCUGAAUAUUACCGUCGACAGCAACUCACGGACAAGUCCGAUGUGUACUCUUUUGGAGUGGUUUUGUUUGAGGUUCUGUGUGCAAGACCUGUUAUCAUUCCAUGGCUGCCCAAUGAACAAGUGAAUUUGGCUGAAUGGGGCAACUAUUGCUAUCGAAAAGGAACCUUGGAUGAAAUAAUCGAUCCAAAACUAAGAGACGAGAUCGCACCUGGGUCGUUAAGGAAGUUUGGGGAGGUAGCAAAUAGUUGUUUGAAAGAACAAGGAAGCGAACGACCAGCCAUGGAUGCUGUAGUUUGUGGACUAGACUUUACGUUGAUACUGCAAGAAGCUGCUGAGCAAAAAGACGGUGAAGAGCAUACCACAAUGGAAGUGGAAGGACAAUGAUAAUUAUGUCUGGUUCUUUUUAAAAUGCAUGUGGUUUGUUUUAUUCGCCAUGUAAAUGUAUACCAAUUUGAAUCAUGUAAUUAAAGGAUUGAUAUAUACCAGUCAGGAUCCACAGAUUACUACCAUUCAGCACCACCAUCAGAUUCAAGAAAUGGAAGUUUCUACAGCUGAAUUUAACGAAAAUUGUGUUAUCUACAAGGGAGGUUUUGGAAAGUUGUACAAAGGGUACAUGAACAAUGGUACAACCACUGUUGCAAUUUUCAUGAAUUCCACACAGAAAUACAGAUGCUAUCGAAAUUACGCCAUGUCUAUCGAAAUUACCUCCGUCCCAUAUGCUUCCUUCCUCCAAGUCUCAUCCAACGUGCCUCCACCCCAUUAAUUUCCUAGAUCCGCUACCGGAAGUGAUCGACCAACGAUGGACGUUGUAGUUUAUGGAUUAGAGUUUGCAUUGCUGCUACAAGAAGCCGCUG